AUGGCCUCGGCGCAGCGAGUCUGCUUUUCAAGGUCCUUCUGCAACUCCAAUUCGUUUGCGAAGGCGCUCGUUGCGCUCAUCGUGAAUGAGAUUCAGACAAAUAUAUCUGAUCCCCCCGCGUCCUCGCCCUUCAAGCGGCACAACGACUGCCUGCCCGAGGUCGCCGAUGUCACGACACGCGGGACGGUGACACCCAUCCCGUACCGCACGAACACGACCGCCGCUGCGCCUUUCGACGACGGCUGCGGGACCGACCGUACGACGCCGUCGCCAGAGUCAACCUUGACCUGCCACGAAGACGGACGAGUCAACGAGAGCAUCGACGACGCCUCCGACUGUCGCGCAGCAAGGGAUUUGGCGCCGGGAAGGACAGCGCUAGCGGCAGCGUUGUCUUCGAGCUCGCUCGAGAUCUCCUUGCACCGGGAAUCUGCGAGCCCAUGCAUGGUCAGCCACGCCGUCGACGAGUUCCCGACGCCCAAUCUCGCGCAUGCGGCCGUGUCGCACGACCGCUAUUAUAUUCCCUCUCACUCGCAGAGGAGCGAGCGACCGGCCGCGCGAGUAUGCAGCGGUAUCGUGCCGGUGGUCGUGCGAUCCGUGAUUCAGACAGAAUGGAGCGCACUGCGGAACUCGUCGGACAGCGGCAAGGCUGCCCCCGGUCCCGUCGCACGGCACUCGAAGACCGUGAACGAGGACCUGACAUCGGCACGAGCCGCGCUUGCGGUGCACGCGUCGGACAGACUUGACGGCUGGGUAGAAGGGGGCGGGGGCCAUAGCAAGACGCACGAGGGUGGGGGUGGGGGGUCAGGCCCUUCCCUCUCGUAUUAUAUUUGGGGUCACAUCGCCCUCACUCAGCCUCGCCUUUCGAAGAGCGGGGGAGGCGACUGA